AUGACUUCAACAUCACCCCCUCUUAUCGAACCAGCAAAUGUCCAGUCGCCGUCGCGCUCUGAUUCUGAUACUUUCGCAGAGUUGGAGGGCGCUAGCACAUUUCUCACCGACGUCGAUCCCCAGAUUAUCGAAGCCCUCAAAAGUAAAGAUAGGAUAUACGUCCUGAAGCUCGGUGAGCAGAUGGAGAGUUUAAUCAAUGACCGAAGGCCUAGGCUUGAUCUGAUGCCUGCUACAUCAUAUCAACGCCUUUUGGUGCACAGAUGCUCUGCCUACUAUAAACUGGCGCCAGACACUGACCCCGUUACGAAGACCAUUAGCGUCCUUCUUACAGUGGAUAGUAGAAUCCCCACCCGUCGCAUAGCGGCCCUCGUUCCUGCCCAACCCUCAACCCACCCAACUAUCAAAAUCAUGCGGCGGUCUACUACUGACCGUGGUCGGUCAAAACCACACUCACAGGCUGGUUCGAUUGCUGGAGAAGACGCUGAGCUUUCCGAUGUAGAGCCAUCCGAAUCUGGAAGUCAGGGUGGCCGAAGUAAUGCUACUGGCAGUAGCAAGAAGCACAAGACGAUCGCAGAACGCGAGGCCGCGUAUAAUGAAGCACGUUCACGCAUUUUUAUGGAUUUCGAGGAGAGAGAUAAAUGCAAGGAGAAGGAUUUGAGCGCUAGCUCCUCGACAAUCAGCCUUACUUCUGGCUCUGUAACGAGUGCUGGGGAGACCAGUAGCAUCGGCGACAUUGACAUUGAAUCUGUCAGUUCACCUACUACGGAGAGCGAGUGGUCUGGACCUGCUGCACGCGAUAAAAGGGACAGCAAGCGCUCAAACGGGUCUGCGCGAAGCCUCCGAUCGAGCGCACCUGUAUUUAACGUCUGUGGUUCAAGUAGCUCCCGAGGGUCAAGAGCACCAUCACCAUCCUCUUUCAAAUACCCCACUUUGUAUGAACCUUCCCCGACGGCUCCCCCGUACGAUGGGGCCCAACCCCCUGUACAACCUGGUUAUGUCAAUCCUUAUGUGUACGCAUACCCUCAACCACCACCUCCCUCAAACUAUAUUCCUGGUUAUCCUUACUACGCCCCUUAUCCGUACUCCCACCCCCAGGCUCCCAUGCACGCACCAGACAAUUCGGCGGCGCAUGGGACAAUGGAGGCGUAUCCCUCUCCUCAACAUGCCGCACAUCCAGGCGUUUACGUACCGUACGCAUGGUCACCCGCUCAGCAACAACAAUCACUUCCUCAUCCUCCCAUGCAACAUACGGCGCAGCAACCUCCUACUCCAUCGGUCGCGCCACCGGCGUCGCAAUACUCCACUUUUACGCCUCCUGUUCCACCAUAUGGUCCAUACCCUAUGCCUGGCUACUUCCCCCAGCCCCAUCACGUACCACACGCACAAUCACCACUUCCUGCUGUUCAGAACCAUGGACACUAUCCGGGUAAUGGAUAUAUGAAUGGUGCUGGAGGCAGCGACGCCAUGCCCUCGAAUCGGUCGUAUCCUGGCGACUUGACCCACUCACCUUCAAUGGGUCCCAAGCCUCGUGGGGCUCCUCCGGCGCGUAGUGCCUGGAGUUAUGGGCCAGGGGUGGGCAUGGGCGGCUUCGGUGUGAACAAUGCGGGCGGCCGUCCUGGUGGUGGCGAGGUGGUGGGCCCACGCCUGAGCUCAUCGGUUAGAAGACCUUCUGGCAAUUCAAACACAAGCGCCUGUGGCAGGAUAUCAGCGGGCGACGAAGCGUCGUCAACAGCUUCGUCUUCAACAACUUCAUCAUCUUCACGAAGGACAUUCACGUCCGCCUCAUCCCAACAUCCUUUACCCGCGAGACCCGAUUGGGCCGUCGGCUUGAAACCCCAACCCACACUUCACGCCACCCACCCUCGGCAUCACGAUCACUCCAUGAACUCCCGAACUAUGUCUCCCGCCAGGAACAAUUCCCAGCGCGGCCAUCAAAAUCCAUCUGUCUCACUUCAGCCUACAGAUUUCCCUCCUCUAUCGACUAUGUCCCCCACGCCUGAGAAGCGCACACCGGCUGUUGCAGGUGUCUGGACGAACCUAUCAUCGACUCGAUCCAUUCUCAUGCCAGGGAAUAACACUUCGCACGGAAACGCACUCGCCAAUCAUUCCAACACGCAAUCUAAUGCGAUAGGCGCUCCAUGCAAUACCCGACUUGAGGACACGGAUGGGGGAUUUGAGAGGCCGCCGCCGAAGGGAAAUGUAGAGUUAUUCAAUCCAAAGGGAGCUUGGAAACCCGGGGGGCCUCAGAGCCGUAGUCCACCAGGGGGCUCACAGGACAAGGACAAGAUCGAGAAGCUACGCGGCGAGGCUGUUGCCAAUGCCAUUUUGGUUGACAAAAUGGCGAUGGUAUCGGUGGAAGAUAAUGAAGCUAGCUCAAACGUGCCGAAAGUUUCUCCUCCUGUUGCUCUGGCGACUUAG